UGUGUGUUCAUCCGAGGUUUGGAGGUUUUUCUAUCCCAGACCUCACUAGUUAAAAAUCAACUCCAAAUGAACCCGGAAGUUUACUUCAUUUGCACUUAAUCAUUUAAGGAGGACUGAAGAUAAAGCCUCAUUAUGGCCCUAAUGAAUGAAACAUUUUGUAAAUAACAAUUGGCAAUCAAACAUUAGGCGUUGCAUCCAGCCCAUUUGCACGGGUCGAUCCUGUGAGGGUUUUAUCAGAGAGCCGUCUAUUUGCAUUUUUAACAUUUCAGUAAAGUCUGGAUGUGGCUGAUCGGGGAGAGGAGCUUUUAGCAGGUGGUUUGAUACCUCCCUUCCUUAAUAAGGUAGCUGACGUCAGAGCAACGGGGCGGUGUGUGCGCGCGUGUGUUUGAGAGAGAAAGAGAGAGAGAGUAUGGGAGGAGAUGGGCGCUCGUAGUGCGCAUGUGCAGACAGUGAUCUGUGCUGCGGUGGAAGAGGGGCUGGACACACACAACUAGAGAGAUGGCGCGGCACCCGACCGGAGCGCAAGGACAGCUGGUUGGCGGUGGGGGGGCUUGAAUUAUAAAGAGAAACAGAAAUUUAAUUUAAAGAAGAAAAAAAAAACAAGAAAAAUAUCGAGAAAAAAAAGGAUCCGGAAAAAGGAGUUUCCAUUCUGCAACACAGCGUCAGAGGUAGGAGAAUAUAUGUGUAUAUAAGAACAGCAUAGCAAAGGAGGCAGCUGCAAGAAGAAGAAAAUAAGCAACAAAAGAAAAUUGAACUUUACUGGAUGUGAGGACUUCUGGACAUCAGCUAACUGCGGUAGAUCAGAUAGAUGGUUUGUCCACAGCGCUGCCCGGAUCAUGAACGCACAGCUGUCGAUGGAGAAUAUUGGCGACCUGCACGGAGUGAGCCAUGAGUCCGUGGCCGGUCACGGAGAGCUGCUGAGUGGCCACAGUCCGCAUGCCCGUCCGAGCCCCCGGGGUCUAAGCCACCGCGCUAUGGGCAUGGCAACCCUGUUGGACAGCGGAGACUAUCACCCCGGACACCAUGGACACCUGCAUCCAGCCAUCAGCAUGUGCGAAGCCCCCCCUGGCAUGAGUGCAAGCAGCACUUACACCACCCUAACCCCCCUGCAGCCCCUACCCCCCAUCUCCACCGUGUCCGACAAGUUUCCUCCCCAUCAUCACCACCACCAUCCCCAUCAUCCUCACCAUCACCCCCACCAGAGGAUCCCCGGAAAUGUCAGCGGCAGCUUCACGUUGAUGCGUGAGGACCGGAGUCUGGCGCCUAUGAACAGUCUGUAUCCCGCAUAUCAUCACAAAGACCCCUGCAUGGGCCAGAGCCUCUCCCCGCUGUCUGGUUCCGGUCUGGCCAGCAUACACACGUCCCAGGCCGGCAUCCCUCCCUACGCUCAUCCCGGUGCCGCCAUGCCUGGUGAGAAGAUGCUCACCCCCAGCGGGUUUGAGGCUCACCACCCGGCCAUGCUCGGCAGACACACAGAGCAGCACAUGAGCUCCUCAGCGGGCAUGGUACAAAUCAACGGCCUCCACCACCACCCGCACGCCCACCUUGGCGCGCAGGGGCACGGCCAGGGGCUGGGGAACAGCCGGGAGCAGGCCUCCGGGCCGGGGCAGCAAGGGGGCGGCGGUGGAGGGGGUGGUGUUUCUGGGGGCCAGAUGGAGGAGGUGAAUACCAAAGAGGUGGCGCAGAGGAUCACCACAGAGCUGAAGCGCUACAGCAUCCCUCAGGCCAUCUUUGCCCAGCGGGUCCUGUGCAGGUCCCAGGGGACCCUGUCCGACCUGCUGAGGAACCCCAAACCCUGGUCCAAGCUCAAGUCUGGGAGAGAGACCUUUCGCCGCAUGUGGAAAUGGCUGCAGGAGCCUGAGUUCCAACGCAUGAGUGCGCUCAGGCUCGCAGGUGAGCGAAGCCUCGCAUGUAAGCGUAAGGAACAGGACCACGGCAGAAGCGAGCGAGGGAGCGUCUCCAAGAAGCCCCGGCUGGUGUUCACAGAUGUGCAGCGGCGGACGCUCCACGCCAUCUUCAAGGAGAACAAGCGCCCAUCCAAAGAGCUGCAGAUCACCAUCGCCCAGCAGCUGGGCCUCGAGCUGGCAACAGUCAGCAACUUCUUUAUGAACGCACGUCGCCGGAGCCUAGACAAAUGGGUGGACGAUGGCUCCGGUCACCCAGCCAACUCUGGCCCCAACGCCUGCACCAAAGCCUGAAGACGGACUGAUUUGACCAACUCAUGGACUGACUUAACCUCGGUGGAAAAGCUUUAAAACUUAAGAGAAACAAAGAGAAACUUAAAAAAGACCUUGAAGCAACAUUUUGCCCUUAAACCUGUACUAUAUUGAUAUUUAUAGUAUCCAAAGAUGAAAAAAACAAACCAAAGACUUCUUGUUUGACCUGCUUUGAAAUGUUUGUUUCAGCAACACAUUUACGUGUAACAUACUGCAAAAAGACUAUAGUUUUACUCCCCCUUCACCCACACUCACUGUCACUGGUCUCUAGCUUUACUACACCCUCCCACAUGCCUCCCCACCCAGUAACAAUCUAUCAUUCACCAUCCUUAUCUUUAAUCUGACUGGUUGGUUUUAAUGAUGGGUUCCUAAAUGGAGGUCUAAUCAGCCUAUUGGCAGUCUGAUCUGCAGCUGUCCACACCCUUGAAAAACAGCCAGAAUGUGGAGCUCCGGUGGGAUUGGCCAAUCAACUUUAAAGACAAAAAAAAAUCCUACAGGAGCGACUGGAUUGUUGUGCAACCUUGUUUGGAUCGGUGGACUGUCUGUCUAUCUGUCUGUCUGUCCAGCUGUCUUUCUAUCAAGCAUUCCAGACAGACGGGGGAAUGCCCAUGCGUAGACUGCUAACCCAGAACCAAAAAAAAACCCCAACCCUGAACCAAACCAAAAACAAAACCCCUAACCUCAACCCACAUGGUAGUGCUUUCUUCCAACAUGCUGAAGCGUUGAAUGAUUUAAACAAGAGAAACCAAAGCCUUCUACACCCUGAAGCCUCUCAUGCAGCUUAGAAAUAAAACCACUUCAGAAUCUGCUAUGAAGUAAUUUGACCAAAGAGUAUAUUUUGUAGCUGAUAAUCCUAAGAGUACUUUUACCUCAUGUCCUCCCUUACCUGCUGAGACAGACUGUUAGUUUGGCACCACAGAGAAGACAAUGUCACUGUUUAUGGUCUAUACGACAUUUUGAGUUUAAUUCAUCUUCACUGCAAAUAGAAAUAUUAUAUGACACAACCUUGAAAAGUAACUGAUAUUUGCCUUAUAGAUGCCUUUUGAAUCAAACUAAAUAUUCCAAUUAUAUCUUCAGAAACACUGAAUGUUGUAAAUGGGAAGAUGAAUCACGACAGAUACGUCUUGUAUCCUAUUAGUCUGUUAAAUAAUGCUCACAGAUUUAGCCCAAGAUUAUGUGUUCAAACACCAGCAGCUGGCAAAUCUAUUCAGCGGUGUGUUUUCUCUGCAAAGGUGAAAACAAAAGAUGCUGGCUCUCAUGCUUUAUGUGUGGACGGGAUACAGUGAGAGAGACAGACGGCCUCUUGUGCGUGUUUUUUUCAUAGGAUAAACUGUGUCACCACUCUAUUAAUAAGCAUCACCGUCGUCCCUGUGCGCCUCAUAUGUAUUUGGUUUUAUCUCCUCAUCAAAGAUGUGUGGCGGAGGGGAUGAUAUCAAUGAUCAAACCACUUUCAGACGCUUACACAGCAAUGUCAGCUCGUCACCUGAAUACAAAAGCACCCCAGCCUGCUUUUUGCCAAUCCCCAGUUCCCCUCCCCACCCCUCCCACCCUGCCUCCGCUCUCCUGGUAAGCUAUGCAUUUCAGCACUAGGAGGAAAGCACUACACAGGGCUGGCCCAGGGCAGCGUAUCAUUAAAUAUAUUGAGCUGGCCCCUUGCCGUCAUCCUCCUCAUGGCCAGGGUUAGCAGCUCUACAUUCAUCAGAACAAGCGCUGAAGGAGAGGUGAGAGGCAGCCGCUUCUUCACCUCUGGAAGAAAAAACAAAACAAAAAAGACGACAAGAAACAAAAAAGUGUCAAGACCUGCUGAUGUUUUAUAGUGUGAACCAAAGAUGCUACCUCACUCAAGUUCCAUACGUGAUUUCUAUCACUUUGAUGAUACCAAAGAUAACCAAAGAUUUUUUCUCAUUGCACGGCCUCUAUGAGUGGUGUUAAAAGAUGUUGUGUGUCUCCCCUCCCCCCAUCUCCUCUCUCUUUCUCCCCCGUCUUCUCUCCUUUCUCCCCCUCCCACCUGCACUCAACCCAUGCACCCCUGCUAUGCGUGCUCUUGCUUCAUCUGUGCUCUGAUUACAGCUCCAUAGAUAGUCAUGCUGAUGUAGCUAUAGGCAGAUAUGCUGGUCUAGACAUAGAUACACACAAGCGGCCAUGCAGGUGCCUGCAGGAUACAGCGAAGUUGCUAGCAAUGUGAUCGGUCUUUCUUUGUGAUUGUUAGCAGUACCACAAAAUGUAAAAGUUGACAUUGUGGCUAUAUAAAAAAAAAAUAAUGUUUUACUUUGGUUCAUAAUUAAUUUCAAAAUUAUCUAUGUGAAUUUGACGGAGUACUCCGCUGGAGUUUUUUUGCAGCUUUAUUUCUGCUCUGCCUUGCCUCUUAGUGUGUAUCUAUUGGUUGAUAAUAUUGAUCCACCACAUAGGUCAGACAUCUUUACAUGACAAUAGACAGACAAGCUGACAUAGCCAUUGGCAGAAUUGUUGACUCAACUAUAGGCAGACAUGUUCCUGAAAGUAGAAGCAGACGUGUUGCAAUCUUUCUAAAACUCCCAGGACGAGUGCCUUGCUUGAACCAAAGUGUUAAACCGCUGUUGACCUCUCACCUUUGACUCUGUGAAUACCUCAGCCUGUAGAAGGGCCACUACUGAAGAAACAAGGAAAAGGUUUUGUUUUUUUGUUUGUUUUUUUUAAUCACACCGUGGUGCUUUCGCCAGCGCAACCAUGCAAUGAAAACAUACCAAAGGAAUUUCUGUUGUCCACUUCUACAGAUUAAACCAAAGGUCUUUGUUUCUCCUCUCCCCCUGCCCUCCUUUUACCCCUCCAUCCCUCCUUCCCCCCCCAAACCUUCCUCGUCUCUCUGCUGUGUGUAGGAAGGCCCAGCACUCUGGCCGUGCAUGUCUUUACCAAUGUCUCUGAAUACCUCAUAGUAAUAAUUCCUUUGAGUUCUGCAUUGAGACGUCUAUCUGUGAGUAAGGCAGAACUCCACUCGUGUGGCAACUGUUAUUGUUACUUCAAAAAGCUGUAUGAUUAUCUAUUUUGAAGUUUUGAUUUUUGGCAGAAGUGCUCUGUUUCAAGUCACGGAGGACAAGUUUCAGGGUUGAUGUAUGAAACUUAAGGGAUGGAGGGAGAAGCGUAUUUUUUAUCAGACAUUGGGUUAUGCCAAUAUUAUGAUGGUAGACUAUUGCUUUUACAGGGUAAAACCAACUGCUGUGAUAUUGUGUUCAUAUUUUCCCUUUUCUCUACUUCUGUGUUGUGACUUUAAUUUAAUUGCAUUUUUGUAAUGGUUAACCACUGCUUUAAUUUAUGCAUUUGUAGAAACUCUAGAUUUGUAUAUAGUAGGUUUUUGAAAAGAAAAACAAACAAAAAAGAACAGUUUUAUGUUACAGCCUUAUUUCCCACGCUUAGAUAUAAAAAGGAGUAGUUUGUAUUCUUCUUCAGCUAAAUCCUAGCCGGCAUUUCAAUGUGUGUUUUAAACACUGCCAGAAACCCAGACAGUUGAUUUGCCAACGCAGACAAAGUUAUACAGGAGCUACUUUGUUGAACAGCUGGCAAAAAGCAGUGUGUACGUGUGUGUGUUUUUUCUAUUCUUUUGACUUUUUAAAAGAACGGUUAUUUUAUGGGUAUUACUGCACAUCCAAAGAUUUUUAAAACAAACCAAAAAUUGGAAAAAAAUACGUAUAAUGUUGAAAAGCACUGGCAUUUGUGAGGUAGACUUGUUGAGUUUUGAUUUGCCAUUCGCACGGGUAUAGAAUGUAGAAGGCGUAGGGCUACGUAGACAAGCUUACUCUACCAUGUGGGGAAUCUCCUGUUCAAUGUACAAUCUGAAGCAUUUGAAAUGAGGGCUGCAAGUCCCGCUCACUUUGCUGUCUCAUGCACAGAGUGAGGUGGAGCGGAGGCUGGGCAGCCGGUCUGCCAGGGGCUGUGCCACGGAGCUGGGUCUGUUUUUAUUGCCGUGGCACUGCCGCCUCGCUCCAUCUAGUAUCUGUUCUUUUGGUACGUACUCGUGUAAUGACUAUGAGCAAAGUCUAAUAAAACUGCAAAGAACCUUACCAAGGAAUCAGUGUGUGAAUGUGUAUAGGGACGAUCACCUGCUAAGUUCUUUUUCUGUGUGUGGAUGAGUGCGAGUGUGUGUGUGUGUGUUUUCUUGUACUUGCUACAAAGUGAGGACCAAAAAAAGUUUUUAACAACACAGUGAGGACAUUUUUGGAAAGUGAGGACAUUUUGGCUCGUCCUCACAGGAUUAAGAUUUGGUUUUAAGGUUCAGGUUAAAAUAGGGUUUAGAUUAAGGAUAGGUUAGGGUAAGGGUUGGGGUUUAGUAUUUAACUAUGGUGGUUAAGGUUAUGGUAAGGGGCUGGGGAGUGUAAUAUGUCAAAGAGGGUCCUCACAAAGAGUGCAGGGAUGUGUGUGUGUGUGUGUGUGUGCAACUCAAAUGUCAAGUACUGCUGAGGUAUGGGAGUUGUUUGUGUGCUCAUUUGCAUGUGUUUUUUUUAAACUGUGUGUUCGUCCAUUGUAAAAAUCUGUGUGUACUGCUGGUGUGUAUGCAUGUGUGUGGCUGAUUGGUCCAUAUCCCAACAGUAAGUUUGACUUCCUCUGGUUGUCGGAGGCUUUACUGUUAGUACUGCUUCCUCUCUGUCAUGCAGACAGCACAGUAUCAGCAUGUUAUGCAGUCAUUAUAUCACAGAAUGGAGAAUGUGAGCAUUUUUCAGCAAAGUACAGGUGCUUACAUAACAGUUACAAAGGUCUGUGUUAAAGAGGGAAUAGAUGAUGCAGUGUGGAUCUGUUUUUCCCCAUUUUCACAUUUUCUGUUAUUUAUUUUGUCCAUAAGGAGUUCCCAUAUGAUGGGUAGCUUGGCUACAAGUCUCAUAACAAUACUGCGGCGCCUAAGACAAUCAUCUGGAUCUCUUACGCUGGGGAACUAGUUUCUCACCCGCAGAGGGGUGUCCUCCAGCUAUUCAUAUACAAAGAUGCUUGAAGGGUUUUGAUAAACAAGCAUAUUUGUUGUCAUUUAGGAAUAGAUUACAGUAGUAGUUCAUCUUGCACUUGCAUUUCAGAAUGAAAUCUCAUUGCUCUUGUCAGCCUUGAGCUCUCGUCAACCUUGAUCUCUUUCUGUUGACCUCCUUCUCAACUCACAAUGCUUCUUCAGUUUUUCAGUGUGUGUGUGUGUGUGUGUGUGUGUGUGUGUGUGUGUGUGCGUGUGUGUGUGAGUGAGUGUGUGUGUGUGUGUGUCUGUGUGUAUGUGUGUGCUUGUGUGCGCGUGUCUGUGCCAGAGAGGCGAUGCUGUCGUUUUACUCUCAGAUGUAUAACUCCAUGUCUCAUGACUUGAUUUGUCAUUGCUGUUUCCCAGGCUUUGCUACUGCUUUCUCAGUGCCGUGCAAUAUCAUCUGUUGUGAUUGCUAAGCAAAUGAAAAAAAAGGAAAGAAAAUUGAGAAGCAAGUGAUGAUGUCAUCCAGCUUUUUUCAGUGUUCAAAAUGUUUCAACAUUUCUGUAGUCACAAAAAGUAGAAAAUAAACUGUUGGUAUUUCCAGCUUCUGAAUUA